AAUUAAUGGACAGCCAUUCUGACAACGAACAGGUGCAGACAAGUCUUGUACAAAAAGUGACUCAUCAGAAUAAUGAAUUAAAGGAACAUAGCGAGCAACCGCAGGAUCAUCAAGAAGUAGCAAAAAGUGAAGAUAUAGAAGAUAAAUCUGUGCAAAGGGAACAGCAAGAACAGCGGGAAGAGGAGAAAAGUGAGCAUAAGCCUGAGAAUCCUUUGGAUGACAAUGAUAGCGAGGAUGUGUCGCCUAAGAAAGUUGUCAAGAUUCCCAAGAAUAAUGCACCUGUGAAGAAAGAAAUUUCUCCAAAAGAAUUUUCUCUUACAAAGAACUUCCGAAUGAAAAAUAUCUAUAAUAGCUCUAAUCAUAGUCCGAAUUCAAGAUAUAGAAAAAUGAAGAGUAUGGAUAAAACAAGCAAAAAAUUCAGAUCUAGCCUUGUUUCUUCGAUAGGGAAGAUGUCUGCUACCAGUAGUCAAGGAUUCAGAUCCAACUAUAACACAAGACAGAACAAAAGAAGAAAUCUUCCAGAUGGAAACAGAAGUUUAAUGACUUUACAAAGAGCUGGGCCAGGCUCUUAUGAUCUUCCUCCUUUAUUGGGAGGAUUCAUUCUUCAAAAUAACAAGAGGAAUAAUCCAAGAUAUACUAUUGGGAAAGCAUCAAAGUAUGAGAUCCAGAGUAUGACUAAAGAACAAUUAAUAAGAAAUCCAGGAGCUGAAUCCCCUGGUGUUGGGUCUUAUAGCCCAGAUCAUGCCAAGGUUAGGUGUGAUUCUCCAAGAGCAAAGAUUGGGAGAGAAAGAAGGUUCAUCCAACUAAAGUCCACAAAUACUCUUAAAAAGAAAGUCCCACAUGCCUAUUUGAGUCAAGAUAUGCAAGGACUAGGGUACAGAAAGAAUGGUAGAGGGUUCACAAAAGAGAAACGCUUUAUAUUAGUAGCUAUGAAAUCAAGAGAUAGCAAGAUGAACCCUGCUCCUUCACAUUACAAUCAUCAUUUACACAACACGAUUUCUUCAACUUUUGGAAAUUACAAAGAUAAUAACAGGAAUGCAACCACAAAAAUCUCUCAAGAGGACAAAUAUCACAACAGGACUUAUUUCAAAGAGCUUGAAAGAUGUUAUGGGAAUGACACUUCUCCUGGCCCAGCAGCUUAUGAUAGCCAUAAAGUGACUACAAGCCUCAGUAAUAUGAGGAGGGCUCACCACAACUCGUUUACAAAGUCUGGAAGAAAUAUGAUGCCAAGAAGAAAGGGGGAUACAAAUGAGCCAAGCCCAGCUACUUAUAGAGCACAUCUUAUCAAAAAUAGUAUCAAAGGUGGCAGCUUUGGGACUUCAAGAAAAGGUAUUGACUUUACUCAACUCCAUGCCCAACAUAGGGGCUUAAUCCAGAAAGGGCUUGUCUAAAGUUGUAAAUGGCUUAUUUCA